UGGGCUGGACUUCAUUUUUAGGGUUCUGUUCAUUUCCACUAACAUUAAGCCCACUACAGUAUUUCACCUCGUUUAACAGAAUAUAAAAAGGCAUUACAAAACCCUACCUCCUCUUCCUUUGUCCACCAGCAGAAGCCAUGGGUAUUGAUUUGGUUGCCGGAGGCAAGAGCAAGAAGACCAAGCGCACCGCCCCUAAAUCCAAUGAUAUUUACCUCAAGCUUCUCGUCAAGCUGUAUCGGUUCCUUGUGAGGAGGACUGGAAGCAAGUUCAACGCGGUGAUAUUGAAGAGGCUGUUCAUGAGCAAGGUUAACAAGGCCCCUCUUUCUCUCUCCCGACUUGUCACUUUCAUGAAGGGAAAGGAAGACAAGAUUGCGGUGCUUGUUGGGACUGUCACUGAUGAUAUAAGGGCUUAUGAAGUCCCUGCUAUGAAGGUCACUGCUUUGAGGUUCACAGAGAGAGCAAGGGCUCGAAUUGAGAAGUCGGGUGGAGAAUGCUUGACUUUUGACCAGCUUGCUCUUAGAGCUCCUCUUGGGCAGAACACGGUACUUCUUAGAGGACCUGUAAAGUCUCGUGAGGCAGUGAAGCACUUUGGUCCAGCUCCUGGUGUUCCACACAGCCACACCAAGCCUUAUGUGCGAGCCAAGGGUAGGAAAUUUGAGCGUGCUAGAGGUAGAAGAAACAGCAGAGGUUUUAAAGUCUAAAUUACCACCACUAGUUAUUACCCCGUUGAUGGCAGUUUUUAUAUUUAUUAGAAUUUCUAUGAAAGAUUUUGUCCUCCUAUUAAUGUCUUUUGCGUUUUCUUUAUAAACUUGUCUUGGUUGCAAUUGUUAUCUGUAGCACUUUCACAUUUGGUUGUUUGCUUUAAUUUCUGGGGAGGAUAUAAAAAACGUUUUGAGCUCAAGAUA